AUGGCUGAGACGGCAUCGCAGAUGGCCAGUGCACAAGCGCUGCGUGCCAGAUUCUUGCAAAACUCAUCAGAUGCUCUGUUCCUAUCUAGCACAUCUACCUCACGAUAUCUAAGAGCACAAGGAGCACAGUCUGAGCAUUUCAAAGACACGAGGAAAAUCAGCUGCUCUGCAUGUGGAAGCCACUUAUUGCCUGGUUGGACUACGACCAUCAGUCUGGCUCGAGGUAAGCCAAAGUCAGCUCCCAAAUUAAAAGGCAGAGAAGCAAAACCUCAACAGAAGAUUCGCUAUUUGAAAUGCGAAGUAUGUCAUAGAGUCAACAAAGAUACUGUCACCUAUCCGCUCAAAACGAAGACUAAAACAAUGUUUUCAAAUGUGGUCGGCCCAACUGUCCAACAAGCUGCCCAGCCAGGACUUGAACCUGUUCCUGAGAAACCAACCAAGACAUUGAGCAGUAAGCAAAGAGCGAAAGCGCGCAAAGAUCGUGAGGGUUUGCAAAGUCUUCUGAACCGCAGCUCCCAGAACAAGACAACGCAAGGACUGAGUCUGAUGGACUUGAUGAGGAAGUAG